CCCAAACCUCCGCCUCCGCUUCCUCCUCACUCCCCCAGAACUCCAGAAGUCUCAAUCCGCCGGGUCAGGACCCGAUUCUCAUUUCUGUCUCUAAAGUCCGACCCGGAUUCUUCAUUCUUCCUCUUAUUUAACUUAAAUUUUCUAUUCUUUCCUUUCAGUUUUAUAGAAAUUGAAUCUGAGCUUUGAAUUAGAGUAUGUAGUUUAAGAGCUUUAGAUUAAUGGCGUCGAUCCGGAGAACUCUUUCGCCGGCGUUUAAAGACCGGCCGCACCUGAACGGCGGGUCUCCGUUUUCAGUUCAAUCGCCGUCGUCGCAGAAGUCCUUCUCCGCCGCCUCCAAGUACUCAUCCUCGCCGCUGGUGUCGGCGUUUACAGCAUUCGCAGUCGCCGUCCGGCAAUUCGUCGCCGGCGCUUUGUUCUCACAGCGAGCGCCGCGGAAAGGCCAGCAGUGGCGGCGACCCGUCUUCAGGUGCCUGCUCUUCUUCUUCCUAGGGUUCCUCCUCGGACUGGUCCCCUCCGGCCACGUCGGCGACGACGACGCCGCCAUUCGCCGCAGCCACGGCUUCAAUUUCGACAUCAAGCCGCCGCACGUCAAUGUCCAAUUCGACGGCGGAGAUCAAAUCCCGAAGCGCCGAGAGGAGGAGGAGGAGGAGGGGGGGAGAUUAGAUGACGUGGUGGCGGCGGAGGAGGUGGUGGUGGUGCCGAGGAAGCAGGUGAUUGUGGUGACACCGACGUACAACCGCGUAUUUCAGGCCUACUUCUUGAACAGGGUGGCGCAGCUGCUGAGGCUGGUGCCUCCGCCGCUGCUCUGGAUUGUGGUGGAGACUAAAGCUGCGUCGCCGGAGACAGCUGAGCUAUUGAGGAAGAGUGGAGUCAUGUAUAGGCAUUUGGUGAGUGGCAACAACUCAACGAGCGCUAAGGACCGAGGAGUGUAUCAGAGGAACACCGCAUUGGAGCACAUUGAGCGCCAUAAGCUUGAUGGCAUUGUCUACUUUGGGGACGACGACAACAUUUACUCGCUCGACUUGUUUGAUAGCUUGAGAGAAAUUAACCGUUUUGGGACAUGGCCUGGUGCGAUGUUAGCACCAAGCAAAAACAAGGCCAUAUUGGAAGGUCCAGUAUGCAACGGGAGCCAAAUAAAUGGAUGGCACACAAAUGAUAAAAGCAAGAGGCUUCGUAGGUUUCAUGUUGAUAUGUCAGGAUUUGCUUUCAAUAGCACAAUAUUGUGGGAUCCGAAGAGAUGGCGCCGCCCAACAUCCAGUCCAAUUCGACAAUUAGAUUCAGUGAAGGAGGGUUUCCAAGAGACCACUUUCAUAGAACAAGUAGUUGAAGAUGAAAGUCAAAUGGAAGGUAUACCAGCAGGCUGUUCAAAAGUAAUGAACUGGCAUCUUCAUUUGCAAGCUCAUAGUCUUGUCUAUCCCAUAGGCUGGCAACUUCAGAAGAACCUUGACGUUGUUCUCCCAUUCAGUGACUAACUCACUAGCCAUGCAAUUGAUUCCUAUAGCUGGAGAAAGAGGGAAGGUAUUGGAACUUCUAAAUUGUUGAUGUCAUAUGAAAGCCAACCCUUACUAAUUUUAUGACGAAUCAAUUGUAACCAUUUGUCUUUUUUCCUCGAUAGUUCUCAAAUUUGAUGCUGGUGGUUGGACGUCUACUACUGAAUGAAUCAUUGCUUGAUUCACUAGACUCACGCAUUAAGCAUCCCUGGCAAGAUCCGUCGGCAGUGACAAACAUACAGAAAUGUUUGGUUCUCCUUUAUUAGUAGAAAUUUUUAGCAUAUAUAUUCUUUUACAGAAACAAAUUUUUUGUUGUUGUAGUGUUUGGUUCUUGAUAUCAGGUGACAUAUUACUAAGAACAGUUAGUCCACUGCCCUUCAAAAUUUGUUUGGGCAGGUUUCUCAUGAAGGUACUUUGAUGUAGGCUCUCGUACCAAAUUAAACGAAGUGGAACUUGCUCUGAGACCUAAGAAGGCUACUAAUAUGGUUCACAUUUUCAUCUGAAGGUUUCUGCUUCUGUGUUCUGUUCCAACGGUAGCAUUUU